UCGAUAAUAAGGGUGUUUUUUUUGUGUUAGUUUCAGAACAAAAAAUGAAUCAAAGUGACGGUUUUGCGACUGAAUCUUCGUUAAACACGGCUGUUGUCUACACAUUUAAAGAAACAUGUCGGCUGUACAAGAAAAAGUUGAAAAGAUUAAAACACCUCCAUCUUAACAGGCUACAACAAAUUCGGUUUGAUCUUGAUCUUAAAUUAGGGAGAGAUAAAAAAUGGCAGUCAUCGAUGUCGAACAAUAAGUCUACUGAGCUACAACAUCAACAUGUUAACAGUGGACUGAAACUAAAAGUGAAGCUAGAUUCACAAACGUCACCAUCAUUUUUAUCAAUAAAUUCUAGAAAGUUGCAAGAAAAACCAGGAAUUCGUAGGAUACUUUUAAAAAGACUUUUAGAGCAAAACUUGUCGGGGAGCAACAACAACAAUAAUAACAACAUUAAUAACAACGACGACAAUAAAAAUAACAAUAUUAAUAAUAUUAAGUUAAGCCAGCUGACGUGCCAUUAUAGAAAAGGUUUCCAAUGCAAUGAAUUGUGCCUUCCUCUAUCUAUAUACUGUUUGAAACAUAUCCUAAACGACGACAAGCAAGUCUUAUACACUAAAUGCUUGGGUGAUAAUACGUGUACUACACCUGUAUUAGAUAUCAGUGUUGUUCAAGCCUGUCCCCAACAUUUUAGGGAUGUGCUAAUUUCAGAGUUGUGUCAACCGACGGAGCUGCGUCGACCUCCUCAUAACUGUCCCCAACAAAAUAGGGAUGUGCCAGUGUCAGGGUCCGGCAGUUCGCGCCAUUUCAGUGAUGUGCUUAUUUCAAGGUCGUCUGGUUUAAUCAUCAAGGAAGAUGGUGAGGCUGGUACAGGUGAUAUUAAGAUGGAAAUUUCCGAAGAAAAUGAAAAAGUACUAGAUGCUGAUGUCAAAGAGGAGAAUAAUUACAUUGAAAACACAUAAUAAUAAUAAUAAUAAUAAUAAAAUAAUAACAAUAAUAACUAUAACGAUAUUAUUAUUUUUGCCAUUAGUACUAUUAAUUUUGUUGGGUUUCUUUCGAUGUUUUAUACCUGGUAGCACUGAUUUUAUGUAAGGUUUUGUUUUUGCUAUUAUUAUCAUUAUUUUUAUUAUUUAUUAUUUAUUUAUUAUUAUUAAUGUUUUUUUGUUAGUUUGUAUUUGAGCAAG